UUGAGGUGCCGUGGUGACCCUUUCGUCAUGAAACGAGCGACGACAUAGAGGACAAUGACUAUAAUUAACCACUAGCACACUGUUUCGGUACAUUCCGGUCUUUCACGUGGACGUUUACCCAACAUCCGGGUUGUUGCGCCUGUCGGACUCAAAGUUGGCGCAUGGAGAGGAGCGAAGUUUCAUUUUUGCGCAGCGUCUCGUCUUCGUUUUGUGUCAGCGGACGUUGGCUAACAAAAUAGUCCGAAAGCAGUUCCGUCCCUUUUUUUUUUUUUAAAUUGUGCUGCGGAAGGUUUAAGUUAAGGUUACAGAAAGGAGAAGAAGUUUGAAGGCGCGCUCCGUCGGCUGAGAUGAUGGACAACAAACCGUUGCUCCAGGACGCACCUCCCGCCUACAACACUGUCCCGAGCGCAUAUGAGUGCGGCCCGCAGCAGCACAGCUACGGGGCCAUCCCCGCCUCGGUCCCGCCGCCAUACGCGGUGCCCUACCCGGGCGGUCCAGGGUACCCAUCAGCCCAGAUGACCCCUGCCGUAUCCCAGCAGCCCUAUAGUGGGACAUACGCAAUCAUCCAGCCCUCUGUAGUCGUGGUGGGCGGCUGCCCCGCCUGCAGAGUCGGUGUUCUGGAGGAUGACUUCACCUGCCUGGGGAUCCUGUGUGCCAUCUUCUUCUUCCCUUUGGGAAUCCUCUUCUGCUUUGCACUGCGCCAGAGGAGGUGUCCCAACUGUGGCGCCACCUUUGGGUAGAGGGACCAAACUCCAGCUUGUACUCGCGCACAUUUAUUCACACAUAAUCCAGCGACAUUUCUGUUUCAUUAUCUUUCCUUAGCACCGCUCUCUGCUGUUCUGUUCGUCAUUACGUUAUGAUUAAGGUGAUAUACGCUGAAUUGUGUUUUUAUCUGAGGCACUUUGCAGAAAUUUGUUGUUUCCAUGUAUUUAGCUGUUCUGAUGUUGGUGCCUUCACAACAUGCUGAGAUUCCAUUUCUUCUGUAAUUGUAGCUCAGUUAUUUAGAGCUGAACAGAUUCCUUUUUUAAUGUUAGAAUUAACGUCCGGGGUUUGAUUAUUAUGUCUUUGGUGGAAAACAUACUACAUAUAUUUUUUGCGCUUAGUAAAAUUGUUUAAUCAGUGAUUCACUUUUUUUGGUGGGGGGGGGCAUGAGUCACUCGCAUGAAAACCUGCAUCUUAAAUGACAUUUUGGGAUGUUGUGGACAUAAAGUGCCCUACCUGAAACAAUGGACUUCUGUUUUUGUUGAUUAAUUUUGGGGCCAUAUUUGCACUGACAUUUUUUUUGUGAAUUUCCAGGGCCAAUACAGGAACUCAGGUACAAAAUCUGAAAUGCCCUCAAAUUUAUGGCCUCAAUCAUUGUUUGACUUUGGACUUCUGCCAACUUUAAAUGGCCUUUUUGUGUGUGUGUGUCACAACACAGACGCCUCCUUUAAUGUGUGGCGUCAUGUCAUCGCUGAGAGUUGACGCUAAAGAACUGUGCGUGUGUGAGACGUCAUCUGUUCCCAAUCCUUGCAACCAGACAAUCAAAGAAUGUCUCCGUCCUCACGUCUGCUGGAUCUCUGUUCAUGUCUUCCAUCACAGCAACAUGUUGUAAAACAAAAAAAAAAUCUUGCUUUAGAAUAAAGACUACGCAUGCUCUUAAGAUUGAGGUUCUUACUUUUUAUAUUACUGUUAUUAAAAAAUAUAUGCUAAGAA